AUGGAAUCUAUAGCCUCUCAACCUCAAGCUAAUCCUGUCAGUAUUCGCUACAAUGCUACUGUAGCCCAGGAUGGUUCCGGUAACUACACCACCAUACACGAUGCGAUCGCUGCUGCUCCGGUGAAAAGUGUGAAUAGGUAUUAUAUUCACAUUAAACCGGGAGUCUAUAAAGACGAAUAUGUCACGGUGGGGAAAGACAAAACAAAUAUCGCUUUGAUCGGCGAUAGUGCUGACACCACCAAAAUCACCGGAAGCAGGAGCAACGGCGGGGGAAUUAUGGAUACCCCCAAAACUGCAACAAUGAUUGUUGAUGGAUCAGGAUUUAUGGCUCGAUCAAUAACCUUUGAGAAUUCAGCUCCACCACCCAAAAGUCAUCAAGCUGUUGCUCUGACCAAUAACGCCAAUCACUCCGCAUUCUAUCAGUGUGUUUUCUUGGGUUACCAAGACACCCUAUUGGCAAAUCACAAUCGACAAUUUUACAAGGACUGUGAUAUCUACGGUAGCGUAGAUUUUGUUUGGGGUUAUGCGAAAGCAGUGUUUCAGGAUUGCCGCUUAUACGCACGCCGAAUCGGCUCUGAUGGCAACAUGGUUACUGCUCAGGGGAAGUAUAGCCCAACCUUGGAUAGUGGAUUUUCAUUUCAAAACUGUAAGGUUACCGUUGACCCUAAUCUAGCGCUGCGUAAGAGUGAAGUGUCAGUUGUCCUUGGUCGGCCGUGGAUGGAUUACGCUACGGUCGUGUUCAUGGAGUCAUUCCUGGACACUAUCGUCAAACCAGAAGGGUGGUCGAUCAAAUGGGAUAACAUACCCAAACCCCAUAUAUUCUAUGCAGAGUAUAAUAACUCGGGUCCAGGUGCAAACACAAGUGGAAGGGUAAAAUGGCCUGGGUAUAGGGUGUUAACAAGUGCAGCUGAAGCUAUCCCUUUUACGGUUUCGAAGUUCAUAGACGGAGAUGCUUGGAUACCAGAAACGGCUCAAGUGCGAAUUGCUUUUGGUUCAAGUGAACCUUGUACGCAGUUCCAGGGUGAACCUGAUGGUGAGGUAGUGGUGGUGGUGAAGGAAGAUGACGGAAGUAGAAAAGAAGGGGCAUGGUCGGGCAGGAGGGGAAGAGAUGACAUAUCUUAUGUUUUGUGCAAUUCGCCUCAGGCGCUACAUGUGUCCUAG